AUGAGAUAUUUGUCAGUUGUGUUCUCGCUCGCGGCGGCUUCUGCGCAAUUGGUAUCGAGUGCCGGCGAAAGUGCUGUCAUACCAGGCUGGUAUCUGCAGUCGACUGCGAACCUCCCGACUAACCUCAGCAGUCUGUCCCUUGCUGGUGCAAAUGUAAGUGAAUGGUAUCGGGUAUCAUACAGAGGCACCGUCGCGGCUGGUCUCAUCGAGAAUGGCGUCUACAAUGACACGGUGCUGUUCUUCAGCGACAAUCUUGAGACGUUGGUAGACUAUUCGGAAUUUGAAAUACCUUGGGUAUACCGGGAGGAGUUCAACAUCAGCACAGGCAAGGAUCAACACUACUGGCUCAACACCAAUGGUAUCACAUCUCGAGCAGAUAUCUAUGUCAAUGGGCAGACCGUCGCUACCAAUGACACACAGGUUGGCUCGUACGGAGGGCACCGAUACGAGAUCACUGACUAUCUCAAUGACGGCAACAAUUGCAUUCUGAUUACGGCCUAUCCUACAAAUUAUCUACGCGACUUCGCUAUGGGCUUUGUUGAUUGGAAUCCUUAUCCGUUCGAUAACGGCACAGGGGUUUGGCGAGAAGUUUCGAUCCGUCAGAGUGGUUCAGUAACAUUGUCAGCACCGAGAGUGACGACUGACUUCGAGCACACUUGGAAAGGGAGUGUCACUGCAGUUGUACGCGUAGAUGUUCUCAACAGCGCCAACGCCUCACAGAACGUGAUACUGGACACUGUGAUAGCGUCACCAGAUGGGCAGCAGUAUUUUGGCACAGCUAGCCAAACAAUCGGGCCCGGAGAGGAAAUGACGGUACCUAUGAUAGUCGCCAUACAUGAUCCUCAGGUAUGGUGGCCCGCCCAGUGGGGAUCCCAGCCACUAUACUCGCUGAAAGUCAACGCAACGGUCUCUGACGGGUCUCUAUCCGAUAUCGCAGAAACGCGAUCCUUUGGCAUCAGACACGUCACAUCCUACCGGAAUGGCUACAACGACACUGCAUUCCUCGUCAACGGCUACCCUUUUCUUGUACUCGGAGCCGGAUACUCAGCAGAUAUCUUCUACCGAUUCGACACUGAUCGAGCUCGGAAGCAGCUCCAGCUCGUUCUGGACAUGGGCCUGAACACGAUCCGCUUGGAAGGCAAGCAGGAACAUCCGGAAUUAUAUGAGCUCGCAGACGAAAUGGGAGUGUUUAUCAUGGCAGGCUGGGAGUGCUGCGACAAGUGGGAAGGAUGGGAGUACAACGAUGAAGCAGACGGAGUGAAAUGGACGGAUCCAGAUUAUGCUGUUGCCAAUGCGUCUAUGCUGCACGAGGCUGCUGCUAUGCAGUCUCAUCCGAGCUUCCUAGCAUUUCUUGUGGGCUCGGAUUUCUGGCCGGACGAUCGCGCGACGCAGAUCUAUGUGGACGCCUUGAACCAAUAUGACUGGCCGAACCCUAUCAUCGCAUCUGCUGCAGAGCGUGGCUAUCCUGACCUGCUCGGCAUUUCUGGCAUGAAGAUGGAUGGCCCAUAUGACUGGGUGCCGAACAAUUACUGGUGGUAUGAUGAAUUGGGCGCCGCCUUCGGCUUCGGCUCUGAGCUUGGGUCAGGCGUAGGAACGCCAGAGAUGGGGUCAUUGACUAAGUUCUUGUCCGAACGAGAUCUGGAUGAUAUGUGGCAGGAGCCAGACAUGGGUCUCUACCACAUGUCCACGAACGUCUCUAGCUUCUACGAUAGAUCGAUCUACAACGAGGCGCUCUACAACAAAUAUGGCGCGCCGAAGAGCCUCGAAGACUACCUCUUGAAAGCUCAGAUCAUGGAUUACGAGGCGACUCGAUCACAAUUCGAGGCAUUCGCAGCUCGCAAGACUGACACUAGGCCCGCUACUGGCAUGAUAUAUUGGAUGCUUCAGGGCGCCUGGCCAAAUCUACAUUGGCAGCUCUUCGACUACUAUUUGGCAGCAGCGGGCUCCUACUAUGGCACUAAAGUUGGUACCAGACCAGAACACGUUGUUUAUGGUUACAAAGACUCCAGCAUAUACGUGGUCAGCCACGCCCUAAACUCAACAGGCAGUCGAAAUGUGACCGUCGAUCUGAUCAGCCUGAAUGGCUCAACUUUGAUUCACGCAGACCUGUCCAUGGACGCAUUCCCCAAUUCGGCGCAUCUGCUUGACUACGUCAACGCCACCAACGAGAUCGAAGAUGUGGCUUUCCUCAAAUUGGUGCUCAGUGGUGGAGCGGAUGUUGAGUUUAGUCGCAACGUGUACUGGAUCACGGCGCAAAACGAUGUCAUGAAUUGGACGAAUAGCUCCUGGUUCAGCACGCCAGUGACUGAGUAUGCUGAUCUCAGUGCACUCUUCAGUAUGCCGAAUGCUUCGAUCGGUGUCAGUAUGGGCGACAGCGCUCAUACUGACAACAUUACUGCCGCUGAGGUGAUACUCGAGAAUCAAUCUGAGAUUCCAGCUUGGUUCAUUCGUCUGGUGUUGGUUGAUACCAACGGGAAAGAAGUCUUGCCCGCUUUGUGGUCGGACAACUAUGUCACGUUGUUCCCGAACGAGACCCUCAAGCUGGACGUUAGUUGGAACAGCUCCCUAUCAGCGGAACAGAUCUGGGUCUCUGGUGGCAAUGUCGCUGCUCAGAAUGUGAGCAUCGGGAGCAGCAGCAGGAGACGCUUAUAA